UCAUUUUUUAACUUUUUUUUAAAGAAUGGCAGAAGCCAUGGCUCAGAAGGUGUGUUCAAGUACUUCACUCAACCCAGCCAUUCAAUCUUUACCUCCUACACUCGGUCUGAACAACUUCAGGAGAGUCAGGCGCACGGAGGACAGCGGUCCCUAUCCCAUCCCUGGACUCGCCACAGAUUUUCUCCACAUGCGAGUGAGAGAAGGAAGCAAGAUCCGCAAUUUGCUGCGGUUCGCGACAGCUCGCAUGCGAGGCGAGGGAAAAGACAGCCACGGGCGGUCAACGAGACAAAUUGUCUUCACUGGCUCAGAAAGAGGGGUCACCAAGACCAUCACCUGUGUGGAGAUCCUCAAACGGAAAGUAGAAGGACUCCACCAGGUGUCCAAGCUCUACUACAAGACCGUGGAUGAAGUCUGGGAAGCGUCAAAACACGGAGUGCCAGAUGUAACCAUACAGAGGACGGUCCCUGCCAUCUGUAUCUUGCUCUCCAAAGACCCUCUCAAUCCCCACGAGCCCGGAUACCAGCCUCCCCACUCAGUUAGCGGUCCCACAGAGGAUACAGGGAUGUGCGGAGCAACGCUCUGGCUGCCUCAUUGCCCCAUGGUAGCCAAGAGAUUCUGCCUGGAGGACGAGAGCAAAUGUGUUCCAUGAUCUCCCAAACUGAGCCUCCAAACAGAUUUCUGCGUUCAGCAUGUUGGAGGUUCAUUUGUCAAAAUCUGCAGACAUUCAUCUCCGAAAAUGCUCCUAUUACCAGAGCUAUGUAAAGUCCUUAAAAUCCUUCUUGAGGAUUAUUAUCGAACAAGUGAUUUAUCUUCAAGUUUUUACUGUUAGUGAUAACAGCAUUAAUCACCAUAUAAUAAUAUGAUUGACUAUUUUGACCGCUUCAUCUUCAUGAUGAAGGCCGUCACUCGUGUGACUCUCCACUUCAUCUUGGCUGACACUGAUAGCAGUGCUGACUCUUGUUGUCAAUUUUGCCCAUUCAGUGUCAGCGUGGAAAAAGAAUGAAAUCUUUGGAAGCUUCAAUAAAAACAGUUUCUU